AUGAAGUUAUACUUUGAAGCCGAGGAGUUUCUCCGUCCAUCAACUCAUGGAUCACUUCAAAAUAGAAUUUUCAAUAAGAAGCUUACCUCAUCUCCUAAACAUGUGUAUGCAGUUGUAUAUUCAACAUUAAAAUAUAAGGAAUAUAUUACUACAAUUAUCAGAAAGUCCAAGAUUAAAGCAACCCUUACGACAAAGAAACUUAAGAUUUCUGAUGAACUCUUACUUCUUCUUGUACAUGAUUUAUUAUUUUCUGCAAAGGGAAGAAUUCAGCUGGGGAAACAUCCAAUAAAAGAUGCCUUCCUUUUACACAAGACAAGACUUCAAGCAGAAUUUAUUAAAUUAAAAUUAAAGCACAAGGCCAAAUCAGUGGAAGAUCUUCCAACCGCCGAUGUAGAUGGAGAUGAAACUCCAGUUAGAUGGUUUAGAGUAAAUACUAUUAAAACUACCGAAAAGAAGUUUUUCUCCGAACACACGACCUUCAAGAUUUUGCAGCCAGUUAGUUCAAUUGAAGAAAUUUCAACUACUGGAGUCAUAUAUAAAGAUGAUUACAUUCCUAACUUGUAUGGUAUUCAUCCUCGUGAGAAGAUUACUUCAACUCAAGCAUAUCUUAAGGGAGAACUUAUUAUUCAAGAUAGAGCAUCUUGUUUCCCGGCCCAUAUUUUGAACUAUGAUUCAUCAGAUAUACAUAGUAGUGUAAUUGAUGCAUGUGCAGCCCCAGGUAAUAAAACUACUCAUUCCGCUUCAUAUUUACCAACUGAAGGAGUUAAUGAAGAAGUUAGUCCAGUUGUAUAUGCAUUUGAAAGAGAUUCCAAUAGAGUUAAAGUUUUAAAAAUGAUGUGUGAAAGGGCCACUGGUAAGGCUAAAAAGGAUCUUAUUCAAAUUACUCAUGCUGAUUUUACCACUACCAACCCUCUGGAUUUCCCUGACGUCACUGGACUUGUAGUUGAUCCUUCAUGUAGUGGAUCUGGUAUUUUUGGUAGAGCAUUACAAGAUUCUCAACAAGAACAAGAUAAGGAAGAAGUUGAUACUGAAAGACUUAAUAAAUUAGCAGGAUUCCAAUUCAAAAUAGUGAAACAUGCACUUCUGUUCCCAAAUGCUAGAAAAGUUGUUUACCUGACAUGUUCUAUCCAUCCACAUGAAAAUGAAAGAGUUGUUGUGGAUCUUUUACUGGAUCCAGAAUUGAAGAAACAAGGUUGGAAAUUAGCUGAUAGAAGUGUGGUUAUUCCAGAUUGGCCAAGAAGAGGUUGGAAGGAAGAGUUUUCAUCUUGUGCUGAGAAUGAAGAGAUGGUUGAAAAAUUGGCUGGAGGGUGUGUUAGAGCCGAACCAAAAGUUGAUGGUGGGAUUGGAUUUUUCGCUGCAUGUUUCAUCAAGGGAGAAGGUAACACUGUAGAUGUAAAGAAUGUCAAGGCAAAGAAAAAUGACACUAAACAAGCCGAAAAGAAGAAGAAGGUACAACAAAUAGAAAAACAAGAAGAACAAAGAGGAGAAAUAGAAGAACAAGAAGAAUGGUCUGGAUUUGAUUAG